ACGCUAUUCCCAUCAAGAGAGACUAUAACAAGAGUGAAAUACUCAUAUACGAAAGUUUAAUAAUACACAGACAUAUUUACGAAAGAGAAUAACUAAAUUUCCUAGCUAUAAGUACACACACACACUACACAUAAACAAACAAACAACAACAACAUGAGCAAACAAAGAGCCUGUAAAAAUUGUGGUCACACUGCAUUUGCUCUAAAUAGAUACACUGCUGCCCUGGAUAUUGCCUGUCAGAGAUGUGGUACCGUUCUUGAAGAAAACCCCAUUGUCUCAGAAGUCCAAUUUGGUGAAUCAUCCAAUGGGGCCGCCAUAGUGCAAGGGCUGAUGAUUGGUGCUGAUCAAGCCAGGGCUAAUUUCGGAGGAAGACAAAACGCCAUGGAGUCGCGUGAACAGACUCUACUCAAUGCCAAGCGGAAAAUUCGGAGAAUAGCUGCCAGUUUGCAGAUUCCCGAUUAUAUCGCUGAAGCCGCAGGGGAAUGGUUUAGACUUGCCCUUACGUUAAACUUUGUUCAGGGAAGAAGAUCUAAUAAUGUACUUGCUACUUGCUUGUAUGUGGCAUGUCGUAAGGAAAAGACACAUCAUAUGUUGAUUGAUUUUAGUUCAAGAUUACAAAUAUCAGUGUAUUCCUUAGGUGCUACAUUUUUGAAGAUGGUCAAGGCAUUGCACAUUACUAGCUUACCCCUUGCUGACCCUUCAUUAUUCAUUCAACAUUUUGCGGAAAAGUUGGAUUUCAGGGAUAAGAACACCAAAGUUGUCAAGGAUGCUGUGAAACUAGCCCAUAGAAUGUCUGCAGAUUGGAUCCACGAAGGGAGAAGACCAGCUGGUAUUGCAGGGGCAUGCGUUUUGCUUGCAGCUAGAAUGAAUAAUUUCAGACGUACCCAUGCCGAAAUCGUGGCCGUGGCCCAUGUCGGUGAAGAAACUCUCCAACGAAGAUUGAAUGAGUUCAAACGUACGCGAGCUGCAGAGUUAACCGUGAAAUCAUUCCGGGAAAAUGAGAAGGAAAUUGAAAGCUCAAAUCCACCUUCGUAUGACAAGAAUCGUGCUAAGGAAAAGAAAAUUUCUAAAGCAUUGGAAACAGAUGGAUCAUUGAAGGAUUUCACGGGCUUGACUAAAGAACAAGCACAAAACAUUUUGGACAAUUUGCCUAAAGAAGAACAAGAAAAACAAAUCAUUCUUAAUACUAUUCUUACCGAUAUGUCCUUGACUAAAGAGUCGUUGACUCAAGAGAUGGAAAGAAUUCUCAAUAUUAAAAAGACAAAACUUAAACAAUCACUUUAUGAGACUCCUUAUGAAUUAUCAUCACAAGAAGAAUCUGACUUGGACAAGAUAUGGAGGUUGAACUGGCCCAAGAACUUAGUUAAGAAUCUUCCCAAGACUGAAGAGAUGUUACAAAAAGUAUCUUCCGAAGUAGAACUCAAUUCCGACGAUGAUGACGAUAUUGUGCUUGAAAGUAAACUAACCGAGGCAGAAAUACAAAUCAAGGAAAGGAUAUGGACUGGAUUGAAUCAUGAUUUCUUAGUUGAGCAAGAGCGUAAGAGAUUGAAACAAGAAGCGGAUGAGUUGACCGGAAACACCUCUGCACAGCCGAGAAAGAAGCGACAACGUUCAGUUAUUCCACCGGAAUUAAAGGGUGAAUUUUCUGGGGUUGAAUUGGAUGCAGAUGGUAAUCCAACCAGUGCUAAAGAUGCUGCUAUGAUAUAUUUCUCCAAGACGCCUGUUUCCAAGAAGUUGAACUAUGAGAAUUUAACUGGAUUAUUUGAUUAGUUUAUCUGUAUAGAGUAUAUAGAGUGUUUCUAUUUAUUAAUAAAAUUGUUUACUAC